UAAUGCAGCGUGUCACAGAACUGACCUUCCCACAAAUCAAACACGUUGCAUCCUGUAAGACACACACUAGAGCAAGUCCACGUCAGCAGGGUGGAGGGCUCGGCACGGCCUCAGCCGAGUUUCAGGGACUCACAAGCUCCCGAACAAUUUCUAGCACCAAAUUCUGUACUACUUUGCAAGCCAAACAUAACGAGGAAAAGCAAUAAAAGAAAACGCAGAGGGAUAAAGGCAGAACUGGAGAGUCCUUGUUGGAUUCGAAGAAUUGAUGAGAUCACAGCUAUGAUUAUAUCUGGAGUCUCUAGCUUUACUACCCAUUGAGAACAAUCAAAUACCUCUCAGCUAUAGAAACACUGCCCAGGAGACCUGCCUUAAGGUGUCUGGUUUUUAAUUCACUAGUUGUUUUAUUUUCUUAUGGAAGAAGGCAAUUUCUGGGAGUCCGAAUUAGAGAAGAGUGGAUCUCCCAAAGGAGCUACUCCCAAAAGAAUUAUCCAUUUCGUUGAUGGAGACAUCAUGGAAGAGUAUAGCACAGAGGAGGAGGAAGAGGAAGAAAAAGAGGGACAGAAAACAAAUUCAACACAUGAUCCCUCUACCCUUUCAUGGGGGCCCUAUCUAUGGUUUUGGGCAGGCCAAAUAGCAAGCACCUCAUUGUCUACAUGUGAAUUCCUUGGUGAAAGAUUUGCUACCUUCUUUGGUCUUAAUCAACCCAAAUAUCAGUAUGUGUUGAAUGAGUACUAUAGGACACAAAAUAAGGAAAGUGACAAGGAAAGUGAAGGGAAUGGAUCAAAGGCCCAGCCAGCCAAGGUUCCUAAUGAAAAGUGUCACCUGGAGGCUGGGGGCAAAGAGUAUGGAACCAGAUGACAGGACAUUGUCCACGGUGUUCCUCAGCAGAGCGUCUCAUCCAGGGAAGGCGUGGCCGCGGAUUUCAGCUCAUAAUGGGCCCCAGGGCUGUAGUUCCUCUGAAUGUCUGUUCCACCGCCAUUGAUGACCAUGGCAACACAGGUUGUGCUUGUGAGCCAGGUCUGAUUUUAAUCUCCUUGUGAUUUAUUCUCUAGCAUCCAUGAUUAUAAGCAGUAAUGAGGAUUAUGGAUGCUUUCUCAAUUUUAUAAGCCUCCCAAGUCAACCCCCUUCCCCUGCCCAGCCAUAAUGGAAAUCUUGCUGGUCAUCUCUUAUUACUGAUGUUUGCCCAGAAAUGCAAAUGCCUUAAGGAACUUGGAUCUGGACUAAAAUGCU